AUGAGUCUCAAAUACUUUGAAAAGGUGCUACCAUCCUCGUAUCAUUACCUUUCCGGAUCAGUCUUUUCAAUAUACAAUCAGCCCGUCCUUGCCAGUGCCAUCUUUACUCAAGCCCUCAGGUCUAAGACGAAGCAGAAUGAUAGACUACUACUCGCUCGACAGUUUAGAGAAAGCUUCCUUCGAAGUGGCAUCUUUGGCGGCAUGUCGAAGGCCAUCAAUUCAUUACAAGAGCUGCACAAGGUCAUGCCUUCGGAGCUGAAAGAACCCGUGAAGCCGAUGCACGACAAUACACAGAGCAUAUCAGACCUCCAUGCGCAAGGCAGUAGCUUUCUCGCUCAAGUCUACGAUGGUGAGCGCGGUGCCAAUAUCCAGACGGCGCUACAGACCAUUUCACCGAGACUUGGACACUAUGCGGUUGAUCUGGUGUAUGGUGGCAUCUACUCUGACACGAGCGCGUUGUCGCUCGAAGCUGCUUGCGUCUGCAUGUUCACGUAUAACUUGGCAGUAGAUACGCCGAAGCAGGCGAUCGGACAUAUAGAGUCUUCACUGCGACAUGGAGCGACAAAGGAUGACCUGCUGGAGGUAGGAAAGAUGGUGCGUCUCAUUGCAGAGAUGUACGACGUCAAGCUGAAGCACUGGAUGGAGUCACACACAAUCAUGGUACAGACAACCUUGGCAGACGCGUACUUGCGCAUAGCAAACGACGAUGAUCUUUCGAGUGAUGGACUCAACCCACAGACAACGUCCAGCGACAAGCAAUCAGACGUGGAGAGGAAGACUGCUCAGCUGCGCGACACAUGCAUGAAGCUGCUCAAGGCGCUCCAAUCCAAGCUCUCCUUCCAAGUCAUGGCAGCACAACUCGAGACACUCCCUGCACAACUCGAACGUCAUAUCGCUUUGCAGACGAAGCUCAAGAAAUACCUGUUUCCCGAAGACUUUGACAGUAUCGGCACUGAACUCUGGAAUCUUGCACACCGUGUCUCCAAGCGCGCAGCAAGCCACGAUCAAGCUACCUUAUGUCACUUACGCUACGCUGCCUUGCUCAUGAUUGAGCUCGGUCGUUCCUCCGCCAAGGAUCUCGGCGGUACAACCAGAUUACUUGGCGUGUGUCUCAAAGCUGCGACGCACUGUCAAGCCUCUGGUGUACCUGCGCUGGCACAGAAGGUCGUUGCGAAAGCUUCUAUGUUGCAGUCUGCACUGAUGAGUCCUGCGAUGCGCAAGAUGGAGGGAUACAGCGCAGUCAAAACCGCUGAGCUUUCUGUGGAUCUGUUUGUCACGCGCUACAAGCUGGAAAGAGCACAGAAGAACUUUGAUGUCGCAGAGUUUGCGUUGCGUCAGGCGAUCAGCGCAUCAGAGUUAGCACGGAUUGAUACAACAAAGUCACUGAGCGUGGCAGAGACCUCCUUCGAUCUGGGAACUGAGUGUUUAAGAAGCAAUGAACUCGACAAGGCCAUUGAUUGGCUCUCAGAAACUCACAAAAUGAUCAUAUCACAGGAAGAAGAGAUGUAUGCGGAUCUACAAGUCUGCACUAUGGAAAACUUGGCGCGCGCUCAUCUUCGACGCAACAAGGAUGAUGACCUGCAGCGUGUACAGAUCUUGCUCGACCAAGCGCAUGAACAUUACCCUGUCGCGUCCUGGCUCUACUGCUUGAAGCUGGAGUUUCUGGCUGUUCGCCACGAAACCAAUGAAGCGUUUACCGAAACACUGAAUAGCAUGAUUCGCGUCGUGCAGCUGAAUGGAAAGGUCUUCAACGCCAUCAUGCACAAGAUUCAUGACUUGCAUACGCGAGAUAUGACUGCGGCUAUUCAAGCACUCGAUUAUCUCAUGCCCAAAAUUGUCGACACUGGUGAGGUUGAGUGGUUGGAACGCGCUCUCGUAACUCGCAUCUGGAUCGCUACACAAGUGCCUGAAGACAAGCACUCUGCUGUUCUUGUGACUCUGCAGGAUAUGCUUGCUCGACUGGAACAGCAAUUGACGAGACCUCUGAGCGCAAAAGCCGAGCACGCAUGCCUUACAUUCCUGUGGAAGACAUGCGAGAGCCUUUUUGAGCGCAAGCUAUACGCUGCGGCUAUGGCGUGGUGUGCGCUUGGUCAAGCAAGCAUCUUCAAAACAGUCAGCGAUGUGACAAAAUCUCGCUUCUUGCGCAAGACUGCAAGUUGUUACCUCGAGCAAGGAGACUACACUAAUGCGCUUGCAACCUUGCAACGACUCCCCGCAUCUGCAUUUGCAACACCAAUGACGCGCUACCUUUUGUUUCGUGUUCAACUAAACAUGAAUGACACUCAAGCGCUCGUUGAGAACCUGAAUAAACUCGUGCAGUGUCACAGCUUUGACGUUGCCAUCUUGUUUCACUGCGCCAAAGCUGCUGAGCAGAUUGGUAACCAAAGGGUUCUCUUAAUCAUCUUUGAGAAGAUUCGCGACCUGGGCAAGCAAUCUGAAAUGGUCAGAAAGCCAGCGCUAUUGCGUAGUAUUGUUCGAUUGCUGACUGUUCGCCUUGAUGCAGAGCCACAGGAGCCCGCUGAUGUGCUCAAAGUACUCGAUCAAUUCCAGGUCGUUGCUUCCAUGGUCAAAACUCCAGAGGCAUGCAUCGCCAAUAACUUCAACACGAAAGAGCUGGGAUGGUUUUCGCUGGCUGCUCACAAUCUUGCAGUCAAAAACAUCAAGAACUGGAGUCUCGAGCACUUGACUCAACUCCUGGCGGCCUGUCAAACGAUUCUUGAGGCUUACACGCCGUCACCGGAUCCACAUGUCAAUCAAGACGUUGCAGCUCGUCUUGCAUUGUGUUCUUAUCUGUCUGUCUGUGCUUACUAUUUUGCUUCAAGGAGCGAGCAGGAUGAAGUCAAAAAGAUGGCCUUCUCGCAAAGUAUGUGCAAGCAGUCCUCCGUAUUUCGUCACGCCCUUGUCCGAUGGCAAGCAGCAGAUACAAAGGCCCAGCUACCAGAUGAUUUAUGCACAAAGAUGGCAACGAUCUUGAUCUUUGAGUUUGAAGCCCGAAUCUAUGUGCAAGACUGGCAUGAGCUGUCCUCUUUGAUUGAACUGGCGAAUAAAUAUGGUAUUGCGCAGCAAACACUCGCAGCGAUGGCUGAUUUGACGUUAUCAAGUCGCAUGCCAACUGAAACGAUGCUCAAGAUACUUGACGGAGUAUCACAAGCUACUUUAAAUUCUCCUGCGAUGGACAUCAAGAGAGUGGCCAAGUGGUACAGAGUGCUCUUUACUACUGUUCUGAAGCAUGAUCAGAGCACUGGCCUUCAGUAUGCAAGCAAACUGCUGAAGGUGAUCCGAUCUCAUGCAUCAACGUAUCCAUCUGAUGAGAUACAUUGGCUUGCUGGCAAAGCAUUCAAUCACGCAGUAGAUCUCCAUGUGGCAGGCCAGACGGAUGCUUGCCACAGCUGGUGCGAUGUUGCGCUGAGCCUUGCCAAUCUGACGAAUGACGAGACGCUCAAAGAAACGAUCCAGCAGAAUUUCCAGCAGCUGCUCAAUACAGGCGGCGAUACAUAG